CCUCGGGGCUCUGGCCACGGCGGUGGCGGCGGCGGGGCGAUGGCCUGGCGGCGGCCGUGAGGUGGCCGGAGCGCAGGGACCAUGAAGGGCAAUGGCAGCGCGCUGCUGAACGCCUCGCAGCAGGCGCCGGGCGGCGGGGACGGCGCGCGGCUGCGUCCCUCGUGGCUGGGCUCCACGCUCGCCUUCAUCCUCAUUUUCACCAUCGUAGUGGACAUUCUGGGCAACCUGCUGGUCAUCCUGUCCGUGUAUCGCAACAAGAAGCUCAGGAACGCAGGAAAUAUAUUUGUGGUGAGCCUAGCAGUUGCAGACCUAGUGGUGGCUGUUUAUCCAUACCCCCUGGUGCUGGCAUCUAUAUUUAAUAAUGGAUGGAACCUGGGAUAUCUACACUGCCAGAUUAGUGCCUUCCUGAUGGGCUUGAGUGUCAUUGGAUCAGUAUUCAAUAUCACUGGGAUUGCCGUUAACCGCUACUGCUACAUCUGCCACAGUCUCAAGUAUGACAAGCUGUACAGCAACAAGAAUUCCCUCUGCUAUGUGUUCCUGAUAUGGAUAUUGACGUUUGUGGCAGUGAUGCCCAACCUGCAUACUGGAACCCUCCAGUAUGAUCCAAGAAUCUAUUCCUGUACCUUCUCACAAUCUAUCAGUUCAUCGUACACGAUAGCUGUGGUGGUUUUCCAUUUCAUCGUUCCCAUGGUCAUCGUCAUCUUCUGUUACCUGAGAAUUUGGAUCCUGGUUCUUCAGGUCAGAAGGAGAGUAAAACCUGACAACAAAUCUAAACUGAAACCACAGGACUUCAGGAAUUUUGUCACCAUGUUCGUGGUUUUUGUACUUUUUGCCAUUUGCUGGGCUCCUCUAAAUUUCAUUGGUCUUGCAGUGGCCUCAGACCCUACCAGCAUGGUAUCCAGGAUCCCAGAGUGGCUGUUUGUGGCUAGUUAUUACAUGGCAUAUUUCAACAGCUGUCUCAAUGCAAUCAUCUAUGGAUUACUGAACCAAAAUUUCCGGAAAGAAUAUAGAAGAAUUAUAGUCUCACUGUGUACAGCCAGAAUGUUUUUUGUGGACGGCUCUAAUGAUGUAACACAUAGGAUUAAAUGCAAACCUUCUCGAUUAGUAGCCAACAACAAUCUAAUAAAGGUGGACUCUGUUUAGGAAUGUAAAGUGUUAUUGGCAAACUUGUCGUGUUUACCUCUGUCU